AUGCACCUCCAGCUGCGCCGUGACAAUAGUGACACCAAGGACCGGCGAUCCAUCCCACCUGCGUCUCCCGAGGUCAUUUCCUCUUUAAUCACGAGCCUGUCCGCCAUUGCACAGCCCGCAUCCAAGCAUUUCGACGACCCCAGCCUGUCCAUCCCAAGUCCAAUCUCGCCCAUGGACGGCAGCUUCGGCGUCGAGUACGGUGCCUACAUACACGCUCUUGAUCGGUUGCAGGAGGAAGACGACCUCGCCGACCUCGCUGCGAGCCCGCCAGUCAUUCGCACCUCGAAACCUCCCUCGGGCUUCUCUCCCAUCACAGCUCCCAAGUCGCCUCGUCGUGAAUCUUCCUCCCUCGGUCUCAAGUCCCUGCUUCGCUCGCGACCUUCGUCCAAGGGAUCUGCAUCAUCGUCACACGACGAUACACAUAGCAUCGGCAAUCUGUCCGUUGAACGGGGGUUGCCCGCGCCGCCCGAUUUGCGCAAGCCGUCAUCGCAGGAGAGCUGGACCACGAAGCUGAGCAGAGGCCAUAAGGGUCUUAUGUACAUGAGCUCGAGAGAACGUCUCCGUGCUAGUGACAGUGAGAAGAAGCGCGCCGGUGCUGGGGGAUUGACUUCCAAAUCUAGUAACCUCAGUAACUAUUCGCCCAUGAAUGACCAAAUCCUCGCCGAAACAACCAUCAACGAAGAGCCCACAAUACCAGAUCUCGACGAUAACUCACCUAAUAAUGGACCUCCACCUGAUGCCGUGCAUCAUCUGCGACCCAUCCCUUUACGCGAAUCCUCUUUGCGAUCGGGACGAAGUACAAGACGAUCCUCACGCAAAUCGUCUAGGCAACGAAGCGAGGGAGCUACAGCAAAGUUCAUCCCUGAAGACCAGAUUUCCUCCGAGCCAAAGGCUCAGCAAAUACAUCGACAACCCUCGGAUGCCGAGACGGAGCGACGACACGAAGACAUAUUAAUGAAAGGCAUUACGGACCCACCGCGAGACCAUUCAACCACGACCCAGGGUUCUCGCGAUCCUAAUUUUACAUAUGAGAAGGCGGCUACGGGACAGCAAUUGGAGGCACCUGGAAUCGACGACGGCGCACCGUCUCCAGCUAUCUAUCAGAACAGGCGUCAUAGUUCUCAAAGCGCCGAUCGUAGGAAGUCCGGUCGUGGCACACCAGACCCUACCGCCGACAUGAUCAAACCCAAGCGAAGCAGCUCUAGACUACAGCGUCUCUCGGUUGGACCUAAGAGUCCCGGGUCUCCUGAUAAUGCGAAGGAUGCGAUCAUGUCUGAUCCCGUUGUCGGCUACGAGCGGCCUGGGAGUGCCGAUUCAAUCGAUGAUGCGGUUGAAUCCUACCUUUGCUCGACGCGACUGUCUCAGAAAAUCCGACAUCCUCAGACUGGCCGCAUCAUUUCCUUCUCCGAGGUAGGAGAUCCUAAUGGCUCAGCCGUGUUUUGCUGUGUCGGCAUGGGCUUGACACGCUAUAUUACCGCAUUCUAUGACGAACUUGGCGUAGCUCUGAAAUUACGCUUAAUCACCCCUGAUCGACCUGGAGUCGGAGAUAGCGAAGCAUACGAUGGAACAACGACGCCUCUGAGCUGGCCGGAUGAUGUGUACGCCAUUUGCCAGGCGCUCAAAGUCACAAAAUUCUCCAUUCUAGCCCACUCAGCCGGCGCCAUCUACGCCCUUGCCACUGCGCUGCGAAUGCCACAGCAUAUUCGUGGACGGAUUCACUUGCUGGCACCUUGGAUUCCACCGUCGCAGAUGAAUGUGUUUGGGACAACACAGGCACCCCCAACUAACGCCAUACCUACGUCACAGAAAAUAUUACGGGCUCUACCUACCCCUUUUCUCAAAGCUGCAAACAGCUCGUUCAUGUCGGCCACAAGCAGCUCAAUCACAAGUUCACUCCCCAAAAAUAGCCCUCGCCGAGGCAAGCGUAAAUCGUCGGCCAAUCAUGGCCGCGACACGGGAGCAUCUAAUAAACAAGAUGUUGUGUCUGGGGUAGACAAAGAAAACAUCCUCGAUUCUGACAUCACAGCUUCUCUUGGGGACGCCGGGCCAUUCGACCGACCUCGUGCAACCAGCAAUGACCAGAAUCCACAGGAUGCAAUAUUUGCAGCCGCCGCGGAUGCAUUGGCCGACAAAGAGCGGCAGACCAUCUAUGACAAGCGACUAACACAUGCUAUUUGGGAUCUGGCUACUACCGGAGCUAAUCCCGCCGUCGACUUGCUCGUCUGUCUCGAGCGCCGACACACCAUCGGAUUCCGCUACGUCGACAUCACGCGGCCCGUCGUUAUACAUCACGGCAGCAGGGAUACGCGCGUCCCCGUGGACAAUGUCCGAUGGCUAGGCAAAGCGAUGCGGAGGUGUGAGGUCCGCGUGCUCGAAGGCGAAUCCCAUGGAUUGAUGGCGAGUGCCAAUGUUAUGGGCUCCGUGCUCUCGGAGAUUAGCAAAGAGUGGGAUGAUUGGACGAAACUUACGAAUCCUAAGCGCACCACCACCACCGAGGACAGAGGACGAAGUGCACGGACCACUGCUGUGCGGUGA